CUGCUUUGAAUGCGGUUAGUUCGCAGUUGUCGCAGAGCAGUCGUCGCGAUUGUACCUUCCGUCUAUCCGGAAAGUUUCAGGGUGACGAUGUUCGCCGUUACAACGAGGAAGACGAGACAGAGCAGCGGCGAGGCUGGAGAUGGAGCCGAGGGAAAAGAAGACACCGGGUCGGAUUGUCCUCCGCGGACGCCGACGUCGACGACGAUGACGGCGUCAUCGAUGACAUCGUCGAUCGUUCCGGGGUCGCCGACGAUGGUAUGUCCCGCCGACGUCUCAGAUCUACAGCGGCGACGACGUCAGCAGCAGACACAAGAAUUAGCCUUGACGACGGAAAAGACGACAUUCGCCGCGCCCUCGUCAUCCCUUAGCCCUCUCUCGACGAACAUUAUGUCUCUACCAGCUUCGCCAAAACGAUCAUCGGCGAGCAACGUUUCCGGCAACGCCAUAUCAAAGUCGCAGAUGAAGGAAUUCCGAGAGGCCUUCAGGUUGUUUGACAAGGACGGCGACGGAACUAUUACUAAAGAAGAACUCGGCAGAGUCAUGCGUUCCCUGGGACAAUUUGCGAGAGCGGAAGAGUUAAGAACCAUGCUGCAGGAAAUUGAUAUUGACGGCGAUGGAAACGUCAGCUUUGAAGAAUUCGUCGAGAUCGUGAGCAACAUUGGCGCAAACACCUGCUGCUCCACGGACCAGGAUCAGGAAGAGCAAGAGUUGCGAGAUGCCUUUCGAGUGUUUGACAAACACAAUCGUGGAUAUAUCACUGCGUCGGACCUUAGAGCGGUAUUGCAAUGUUUGGGAGAAGAUCUUUCCGAGGAGGAAAUUGAAGACAUGAUUAAAGAAGUGGAUGUGGAUGGAGACGGCCGCAUUGAUUUCUAUGAAUUCGUUCACGCUCUCGGCGAGCCGGGAAUCGAUGAAGACGAAGAAGACGAAGAAGAAGAGCUGCAAUCUCCGCUCUUCUAAGAUCACGUUUAUCCUCAUCUCUUUGUUAGAUAAGCCAGAUCAGGUAAAAACGAUGUGCAAUCUCUCGACUUGCACAAAAUAUUCCUUCUCUCACGGUUUGCAAUUCGAAUCGCGUGCAAUUGCGCCUCACAAACGAAACGCGGCUCAACUUUGACUUCGCAAACCCGUUUACGUUUUAUUAGUUCUCACCCUUCUUCUCCAAUUUCGAAUCAAAUUUUAACGCUGGAACGCGAAAGUCUCGCUAAGCGCAUCGUGAAUAGGUAAAAUAUCUGCACUGAACUCACAUUAUCUGCAAAUGAUCGCGAGUGCAGCAGCACAAAUUUGCAUUUUUGAUGUAUUAUAUAUUAAAUGCGUCAGAUACAAAUUGAGCUUCCCUCGAGCGGGGGAUUCUUGAUAAAUCACGAGUGUCACCUACCUUAUUUGACUACUAGUCAUUAUAAGCCGUCUGCUGAUAAAUGAGCGCAUUAUGAAUAUUGUAUAAAUUAUAUAAUUCCAAAAAUAUUAUAAUAAAAUUUAAAAAAAUGACACGUUAUAUUUAAAAAGAUUAAAAGCUUUAUUUGAGAAAAUAGGUUAAUUUAAAAACGUUAAGUUGAAUAAAAAUUCCGAUUGCAACGUAAAUUGAAUUGAAUGAAUACAGAAAUAAAAUAAUGAGAUUAGGAGAAGCGUUUCUUGGCACGUUUAACGAGUCGCUGAUAACUACCAAGGUAAUUAUGAGGUAGUUGAUAACGAAUCUCUUUCUCAGUGCGAUUUCGCUAUCCUGGACAACGAGAUAAGCGGUUCUGGCAACGUGCCAUAAAUUUAAUUAAAACGAUGGAUAAAAAAAUCAUCAGCGGUCGGCUAUGGUGACUUUCAUCUCGCAAAAAAAAAAAAAAAAAAAAGCGGAAGUUAUUCGAAAAGUGCAGCUCGUGUCAUCCCAAUGAAUGAGUUGGGUAUGAGAUAUCUCUCGCGACACGAAAAGCGAGCAUUAAGUGCGAGAGAUGUUUAAAAUCUAGUUGAGAUAAAUAAUUCAUUUCGCACGUAUUUUCGAUCCUAUUGCUUCGAUGAUAUAUCAAAGAGCGGCAAACGUUUUCUCUUGCCGGCUCUAUCUUUUUCCGAGUCCUCUCCGACGCCGAGUCCUCCUCUCGGCGACUUUAAGAUAUAAGGUCGACUAGAUCGUAAUGAAUUCCGUCUUGUAUGUGGACUUUUUCUCGAUUUUACUCUCGCGUCUAACACUAGAUAAUGUUAUAUUCCAUUUAAAAUAAUCUUAAGAGAGACAGAAAAACGCACCGCACACUUCUCAAGAUCGGAUCGCGCCGAUGCGAUCCCCGAGCGAAGGGAAAGAGGAGGCCAAAAGGAAGAUCGCGUCGCUCGAUCAAUCCCGCUGAUUUGCAUAAUCGUAUCAAAUCGAUGGACCUUCCACGAUCCCUCUCGGAAAUGAUGGUCGCCUAAAAUCAAUCGGCGUCCAAGCCGGACGAGCGAACGAAUUCUUGUGUCGAUCUUCGCUCGCUUUGCUCUCUUCGGGCCUCGUAUUAUGUACCUUAAACGACUAUAUCACUGUUAACGCCAAUAACAAAGCCGCACGCUGUUUAAAAUAUUUUAAAGGAUUUAAUAAAUCGCUAAAAAACA